AUGGCUGAUUCCCUCACUGAAGAGCAAGUGUCUGAGUACAAGGAGGCCUUCUCCCUGUUUGACAAGGAUGGCGAUGGACAAAUCACCACCAAGGAGCUUGGUACCGUCAUGCGCUCGCUGGGCCAGAACCCCUCCGAGUCCGAACUGCAGGAUAUGAUCAACGAGGUCGACGCCGACAACAACGGCACCAUUGACUUCCCCGAAUUCCUGACCAUGAUGGCUCGUAAGAUGAAGGAUACUGAUUCCGAGGAGGAGAUCCGUGAGGCAUUCAAGGUUUUCGAUCGCGACAACAACGGAUUCAUUUCCGCUGCCGAGCUGCGCCACGUCAUGACUUCAAUCGGUGAGAAGCUGACCGACGACGAGGUUGACGAGAUGAUCCGCGAGGCGGACCAGGAUGGUGAUGGCCGGAUCGACUACAACGAGUUCGUCCAGCUCAUGAUGCAAAAAUAA